AUGUUCACACUAUCUAACAGACUCGCACAGCGGACAUCGGUCUUGAGGAGGUACGCUGGAGUGCGUUCGUUAUUCAUUCAAACUCAGACCACUCCAAAUGAAUCUGCCUUGAAAUUUCUGCCUUCUAUCAAGGUGUUGCAAAACGAAACUACCAUAGAAUUUUUGUCGGGCAGAGAGGCCUCGAAAUCGCCACUUGCUCUUAGGUUGUUUGCGAUCGAUGGUGUCAAGUCGGUGAUGCUUGGCCCAGACUUCAUCACCGUGGAAAAGACACAGCAGGUAGAGGAUUGGUCCUUGCUGAAACCAGGUGUGUUUGCUAUACUUACCGAGUUUUUGAACUCUGGAGAGAAGAUCCUCGAUGAGGAUCACGUUCUAGAAGAAGACGUCAUGUUUGACGAUAACGACGACGAGGUUGUUUCUAUGAUCAAAGAGCUCAUAUUCACGAGAAUCAGACCUGCUAUAAGAGAUGACGGUGGUGAUAUCGAAUUUGUGGACUUUGUGGAAAGUGAGGGCAAAGUGCUGCUGAGGCUGAGGGGAGCAUGUCGUUCGUGUGACUCCAGUUCCAUCACUUUGAAGAACGGAAUAGAGUCCAUGCUGAAGCAUUAUAUUGAGGAGGUUCAGACAGUUGAGCAGAUUGAUGAUGGAGAAGGUGAGGCCGAAGUUGCAGCAAAAGAAGCGGAGAAACCCAAGUUCCAGGAGGCUAAGAUCACUCCAAGACAGAGGGAAUUCAACGACGCACCACCAAGUUUGUAA